CAUCUUUCUUUAGCAAAUUCUCGAAUCUCAACUCGAUGAACUCAUUCUUUUAAGCCUUUCCAGCCUCAUAUCCUUCUUUUUAUUGUCUUUUUAAAGUGUGCUGGUGGGAACCAAACCUUGAACACUCACGUGCUUAAGUUGUUGUUGUUUGGUUUUAGUUUUAGUACCCUGUAGUGCAAGCUAGAUUUUCUUUGUUGAGUGAUAUUAAAAAAUGGAAUCUUUUGUAGGUUUAGUUAUGGCCCCUCCUUUUGUCCUGCGUCUUGGUUCGUAGCUGUUAGCUGACAAGAUGAUAAGAAGUAUCAAUUUCUGUUUAGAAUUAGAAACCCAGAAUCUUGUGAUUCUUUUAUUCUUUUUAGUGUAUUUCAAUUUCUAUCUGCCUCAAAUCUAAGUGUUCAUUGGCAUUUCUGAAUUUUAAGCUAUUGGGGUAGAUAAGACAGCAUCUUAUCAAGGUCACAUCUUUUAUUAUUAUUUUUCUUUUCUUUCUUUCCCUGGAACCUACUUAUUUUUAGGAAUUGGGAGGUGUUUGUGUUAUUCUUCUUCAUAUCUUGAAUUUCCUUCUAUCACAAGUCCAGAACUUUUACUGUUUAGGUGUUAGCCUUGUGGAGAUUCUGUGGAUUUGACAAUUGUUCUGUCACGUUAGCCUACCUGGAAUCACCUAGAGUUUACAUCCACUACCACUUGGAACUGUUUCUACUUGUGUUGGUUACUGUUGUGGAUGAGUUUGCUCCAUGUUGUUGGGUUUGGUCUAAAAGUGGGGCAUCUACUUUUGGUGCUAUGUUGCUGGUUUGGAUCUGUCGUUUACCUUAACCGUUUCAGUAGCAGUGGAAUUAUGGACACCAAGAUGGGUUUUCUGGGUGAUGUUGGCAAGAUAUGGCUCAAAUGUUGGGAGAAGAUAUCAGGGAAUGGUUGCAAAAUGUAUAUUGGGUCCAAGAUAGUGAAGAGAGCGUUGUGGAGAAAGCUUUUGCUGACAUGGGUAUUGGGUUGGACUAUAGCAUCUUUGUGGAUCUUCUGCUGUAUAAGCUUACAAGCUACAGAGAAGAGGAAAGAAACUCUGGCAAGCAUGUGUGAUGAAAGGGCUAGGAUGUUGCAGGAUCAGUUUAAUGUGAGUAUGAACCAUAUCCAAGCCAUGUCUAUUCUGAUCUCAACCUUCCACCAUGCCAAGAGCCCCUCUGCCAUCGAUCAGGGAACUUUUGCCAGGUACACAGAAAGAACAGCUUUUGAGAGGCCUCUUACAAGUGGUGUUGCAUAUGCUGUAAGGGUGCUCCAUUCUGAAAGGGAACAAUUUGAGAAACAACAAGGCUGGACUAUUAAGAGGAUGGAUACUCUGGAGCAGAACCCGGUGCAUAAGGAUGAUUACGCCCCAGAGGCAUUGGAGCCAUCCCCCAUUCAGGAAGAAUAUGCCCCUGUCAUCUUUGCACAGGAUACAAUUUCCCAUGUGAUUUCUGUUGACAUGCUUUCUGGAAAGGAAGACCGUGAAAAUGUGUUGCGUGCAAGAGAGUCAGGCAAAGGGGUUUUAACUGCGCCCUUCAGGCUGCUCAAAUCGAAUCGUCUAGGGGUUAUCCUGACAUUUGCUGUCUACAAGAGAGAUCUUCCACCAAGUGCAACACCAAAUGAAAGGAUUCAAGCAACUGAUGGGUAUCUUGGUGGGGUCUUUGAUGUUGAGUCAUUAGUGGAGAAAUUACUUCAGCAACUUGCUAGCAAGCAAUCUGUUAUUGUUAAUGUGUAUGAUACUACAAAUCAUACUCAUCCAAUUGGCAUGUACGGCUCAAAUGUAUCAGGGGAUGUUUUCUAUCAUGUCAGCACUCUGAACUUUGGAGACCCUUUCAGGAAGCAUGAGAUGUACUGCAGGUUCAAACAGAAACCACCUUGGCCAUGGUUGGCAAUAACUACUUCAAUUGGCGUCCUUGUUAUUGCACUCCUUGUUGGACACAUUUUCCAUGCCACCGUGAAUCGAAUUGCCAAAGUAGAAGAUGAUUACCGUGAGAUGAUGGAGCUUAAGAAACGAGCUGAGGCAGCUGAUGUUGCAAAAUCUCAGUUUCUUGCUACUGUUUCCCAUGAGAUCAGGACACCAAUGAAUGGGGUUUUAGGGAUGUUGCAUAUGCUUAUGGACACAGAUCUAGAUGUCACCCAACAGGAAUAUGUCAGAACGGCGCAGGACAGUGGAAAAGCUCUGGUGUCCCUUAUAAACGAGGUUUUGGACCAGGCAAAGAUUGAAUUUGGUAAGCUAGAACUUGAGGCAGUGCUCUUUGACUUACGGGCAAUUUUGGAUGAUGUAUUGUCACUAUUUUCCGAGAAGUCUCAGGGAAAAGGAGUAGAGUUGGCAGUUUACGUGUCAGAUCAGGUUCCUGAGCGGCUAAUAGGCGAUCCGGGAAGGUUUCGACAAAUAAUUACAAAUCUCAUGGGUAACUCAAUUAAGUUCACAGACAAAGGGCAUAUUUUUGUCAAUGUCCAUCUUGUUGAGGAGGUUGUCCAUUCAAUAGAGGUUGACAAGGAAUCAAACUCAGAAAACACCUUGAGUGGUUCCCCAGUUGCUAAUAAUCGCCGGAGCUGGGAAGGGUUCGAGGCUUUCAGUCAAGAGGGACCUCUCGGCUCUUUCUCAUCCUCCUCCAAUGAUCUCAUCAAUUUGAUUGUAUCUGUUGAGGAUACAGGUGAAGGUAUUCCUCUAGAUGCCCAAUCCCUCAUCUUCACUCCAUUCAUGCAGGUAGGUUCAUCCAUCUCCCGAAAACAUGGGGGAACAGGUAUUGGCCUAAGUAUUAGCAAAUGUUUGGUUGGCCUCAUGAAUGGAGAAAUUGGAUUUGUGAGUAUACCUAAGAUUGGUUCCACUUUCACUUUUACCGCUGUCUUCACCAAUGGACUCCCCAGUUCAAAUGAAUGUAAAGUUCAGCUAAACAACAACCAACCUCAAUCUGCAUCUUCAGAAUUUGAAGGGAUGACUGCAUUAAUCAUUGACCCGAGACCUGUUAGAGCGAAAGUUUCUAGAUACCACAUCCAAAGGCUUGGAAUUCACGCCGAAAUGGUUUCAGAUUUAAACCAAGGUCAGUCAACCAUAAGCAGUGGGAAUCUAGUUAUUAAUAUGGUCCUGAUUGAGCAGGAGGUAUGGGAUAGAGAUUCAGGCAUGUCAUCCCACUUUGUUAAUAACACAAGGAAAGUUGAUCAUGGGGUUCCUCCAAAGCUGUUCAUUCUUGUUAACUCUAGUAGUUCUCUUAAAGCAAGUAGUGUAACCUCAGGUGUUCAUAAUCCUACUGUCAUCACGAAACCUCUAAGAGCAAGUAUGCUUGCUGCCUCACUUCAACGAACCAUGGGUGUUCAGAACAAGGGAACUCGCAACAGGGAGCUGCAAAGUUUGUCUCUUCGCCAUCUUCUUCUUGGGAGGAAAAUUCUAAUUGUAGAUGACAAUAGUGUGAACCGCAAAGUUGCAGCUGGUGCUUUGAAAAAGUAUGGAGCAGAUGUGGUUUGUGUUAGCAGUGGAAAAGAAGCCAUCUCUUCACUGAAGCCACCCCAUCAGUUCGAUGCCUGUUUCAUGGAUAUUCAAAUGCCAGAAAUGGAUGGUUUUGAAGCUACAAAGAGAAUCAGAGAAAUGGAACAUAGUGUGAACAUAGAAGUGUCUAUGGAUGACUUUGAGGUUAUUUCAAAUUAUCACGUGCCCAUUUUAGCCAUGACUGCAGAUGUGAUCCAGGCUACACAGGAGGAAUGCCUAAGGUGUGGCAUGGAUGGAUAUGUUUCAAAACCAUUUGAAGCUGAACAGCUUUAUAGAGAAGUUUCACGGUUUUUCCAGUCAUCUUGAAAAGAAAAAAUACAGUGCUGAUCUAAACUAGAGGAUUAUUGAUCACAGAAGCUUUCAUGGCUGUUCUCCAGGACACUCUGAAGUGGAUAAAAUAAGUUAAAAAAGUCUCCUGAGAGUAAGUUCCUUAUUUAACAGCCAGUUCAUGGUUUAGUAUUUCUCCAUUUGAAAAGUCUGAUGGUUUUUCAUAGACUGAAGAAUCUUAUCUUUCUCAUUAGAAAGAAAAAGAAGGGAUACAAGGGACAAAAAAAAAAAGUUGUAGAAAUGCAGAAAUGGUUCAUACUACCUUUUUGACCUAUGUCAUUGUCUUUUGUACUGUGUUUGAAGGUCCCUGGUUUGAAAUAUUGUUUUUUUUGUGUGUGUGUGUGUGGCAGGGAGUGUACAUAGGAGCCUAGUUUGAUUGGUUGCAAUUGAGUUGUAAUUAGUUGUUAAAAGGGUAUCAAAACCCGUUGAUUCUUCCAUGUAAAGUGAUUCUCUCAACUCAUCCACGGUGACUGCCAAUUGGAAAUGAUUGGAGGGGGUUGGGUUUAAAGGCUAGGAUUUAUUAUAGUACAAGUUCUGGAGUCUCAUCCGUGUUGUAUAUGUAAUAAUACAACUUAACAGUAUUCUAGACUAGGCACGUUACAUUUUCUGGGUAUUGAUGCAUGUAUCAUUAAGAGGUUGAUUCUGAUGAAAGAAAGGAAAUUAACUUCUUGGCAACAAAGGCAAGGAAGUGCACCAUUAGCCAUGUAUAUGACUCACAAUAAAGAUGGUGAUUGAUUCGCUUCCUUUUUGUUCUUGAUCAGUGUUCGGAAUUAGGCUUUCAAACAUGUAACUGAUACAUUAUCAAUGUAGUAUUUGAGUGAUCCGAACAAUUUUUUGGCCGAUUUGUAUAUUUCCAGUUCUGGAUUUCCUAUGAUCUUUGCCGUGACAUGUCAUGAAAUGAUUCUUUUGAUUUGGAUCUC